AUUUAACUAAUUUGCCUGACCCGCCAAAGCAACACCAAAUUUCCACUAAUUCUGACUUUUUGCUUUGCCCUCCUAAUCCUAGUCAUAUUUCCACAAAUACAUCUUUCUUAUAUUCCCUUUGGCAUUUCCAUCAUUUCUGUCUACACAACCAUCCAUCAUUUCUGUCUACACAACCAGUGGAACAAAGCUGCAGCUAGCAGCUCAUAAUAACAGAGGAAACAGAGCAACAACAGAACCAAGAUGAUGAAUCCGCUACGAGUAGUCAUCAUCACAACAGUUGUAGCCUUGUUUUGCUUCUUCGUCAUCAUCUCCAACGCCCAGCCCUUGCCGCCGGCCAGGCCCGAUGGGUUUGUCUACACGAACGUCGGGCCGGUCGACCCGAACCCGGUUGCGAUCGAGGCGUUCCUCGACCCGGUUUGCCCCGACAGCAGAGACUCCUGGGCGCCUCUCAAGCUAGCUAUGAGCCACUAUGGCUCCCGCGUCUCCCUGCUAGUUCACCUCCUCCCUUUACCGUACCAUGACAACGCAUAUGUUGCUUCUCGAUCUCUGCAUAUCGCAAACUUGCUCAAUUCUUCCUCCACAUUCCCGUUGCUCGAGCAGUUCUUCAAGUAUCAGGACAAGUUCUAUAAUGACCAAACCAAGAACUUGUCGAAAGCUUUCAUUGUGAAAGAGGUGAUCGAUUUUGCGACUCUUGCUGUCGGCAAUUCCCUCCAACCUCAAUUCCAAGCUGCCUUCAGCGACAUAAGAACCGAUCUGAAGACGAGGGUGUCCUUUAAGUUUAGUACAUCAAGAGGCAUCUAUGGAGCUCCUGGUUUCAUAGUGAAUGGGUUUGUGUUGCCCGGCGUUGGCUCUCCCAUUGACUACAAUGGGUGGCGGAAGAUCAUAGACCCAUUGGUCGCCAUGAAGAGGAUGUAGGGCAAAUUUGGAUUCAAAUGAACUUGUUACGAGUGUUUAAUCAAAUCGAAGGGAUCUUGUUGUAGAUAUGACGGAAAUUGAAUGAAACUACCAUUCAACUUGAGUCUAUAUUGGUACCCUGCAAAUUAUGUUACUUAUUAGGAGUCUUUGUAAGAGAUGGAUGAUUUCGACGAGUUCUUCUGCAACUGUCUUAUAUAAAGUCAAAUUUAUGUAUAAAAAAAAACACGUUAGCCGAUGAUAUUAAAAAGUGAUUGAAUUC